AUGGUCCCCAUCGUCUAUGGACCACCAAAGGAGGAGUAUGAAGUUCUUACCCCACCAAACUCCUUCAUUCACGUGGACGACUUUGCUACGGUGAAUGAGCUUGUUGGCUACUUGGAGUACCUGGAUCAGAAUGAUACCGCCUAUGCAACUUACUUCGCCUGGAAGGAAUACGGAAAAAUAGUGGUUAGUCCUUUAAUGCCUGCACAUUCCUUUUAUUGUGGUAUGUGGUAUUUGAGUAAGCAGAAACCUGCUUGA